AAUGGCUCAAGCAAUUUCAAUCAAACUUGGUACACAGAUAAUUUACUCUCUGGAAACAAAUCAUGUGGCGAUACAGUGGUCCUGUAGAAGUGGUGAAAAUCCAAAAUCAUUUGAAGAUGGAAUUAGGGCCACCAGAUGUGAUGGAGCGCAAAGGAGCGCUGACCUUGCGUUCCAAUUCAGCAUAUUAUGGGAGACCCACUCUUGUGUCUGGCUGGUUCCAGAAUAGAGAGGCUGAACCUAAGGAUUAUGAUAUACAUGAAGUUCCUUUGGGUUCUAAAAACUUAUGUCAGUCUACUUACUGGAGAUUUGGAACCACGGAUCAAAAAUGGAUAACAACAUAUCAAGAUUAUCUGUCAUCUCCCUGUAGCAAAAAAGAAUACAAAGAACUAGAGAUUUUGAAACCUUUGCUGGAUGAAGAUGGCUUUCACACAAUUGUUGUUGACAGGGAAACGGGGCUACCUGAAACAGGUUUUGGUGCUGUAUUACCACGACACCCACCAGAGAAGUUUAAAAUGUUUCUGGAUACCUCAUACCGAUUAGACUAUGUUCCACCAUAUGACUAUAUACCAUAUGUUACACCUGAUACGACCGGGUACUCUGUAGUACAUAGAAAAUGUCAUUCCCAGUUUACUGACACAGCAGAUUACAGGAGACAUGGGAUCAACACAUGGCAAGAUGAAAGUGGAGUUUAUGCUAAUGCAGAUCUAAAGCAGAAAGUAUUUCCUGUAACUAAUCCUAUACCAAUAAAUGUGGAAGAAGCUAAUUCUUAAGCAUUAGCAAUGAUGCUACAAAUUAAAGGAUAUUCAUAUAUAUAUUAAUGUCUGUCAGUAGAAUUAUUCUUUUCAACAGCACUGCAGCUUACAUAAUAUUUAGUUAAAAGUCUGGGAGAACAAAUUUGUACAAUGGAAUCUUAAAUUGGAACUGUAUUAUUUUUGCCUGCAACCUGAUUUUAGAAAUACUGCAAACACCAACAACUUCACCCUUCUCUGUAACUGG